CCGUAUUUUUUGUUUACAAGUAGAUUGGGCUAUAACUGGGCGGGACCUUUUAAGUGUGUGUGUGGUGUGUGCGUGUGUGUGUGUGUGUGUAGGGGGGGGGGGGGGGGGGGGUGUUGCUUUUAAGCGGAAGUUUACGGUAUUCAGUUAAAAGCUGGUUUCUGUAUUGCACUCAAGCCGUGCUCGUUCCCAGGGUUCUCUCGGAACGAGCCUGGACUCAAGCCUGUUAUUUAGAUGGAGAAAAAGUAUUAUUAUUUGACCCAAAUGCGCAUAUUCUUUUCUGUAUUUUUUUCAGGCUACUGGUCUCAUCCUGGCCUUUUUAGGUUUUAUCUGUGCAAUUGUGUCUGUGCCUUUUGAUCAUUUCAAGUUUGCUCACGGUGGACUUGGCCUUGUGAUAAUGAUUAUCGGUUUGGGACAGCCUCUCAACGCUUUCUUGUAAGUUAGACCAGAAUUGUCACUUUUUAUUUAAUAAUUAUUUCAAGCAAGCGGUUAAAUAUUAAAACGUAUUUAUAGGGUGGAUUGUUUUCUAAGGUUAGGGAAAGUUCAUUUAAUAUGACAAGGGGGGGGGGAUGAAGAUAUUGAAACUCGAAGCUUGAAAUUUUAGCAGCCCACCUCGCUAGCGGUUCAAUUUUUUAGGAGCCCCCUCCUUGGUAGUCGAAAAAAUUUCAGAGCCCCCGCCUCCUCCUUCAAUUCCUUUGCUCCCCUGAAAAAAGAUCGCUAGACUGUAUUAAAUAUAUUUACCGUUAUUGUCUUCAAUGGUUUAUACUAUGACAAACUUGAGAUACAGUUGUGAUACAAUUUUCUAAAGCAUUUUUGGGAUGAACAAGAGUGUAAUAAUUACUGAGACUACAUUUGUUAUAUCUGUAAACCACGUGAUAUAGCUGAGUUGCACAGGUCAUUAAAUUGUUGAGUUGAAAACCAUCCGAUCUGUAUGAUGAUGUCAUUUGUUGAUUUUGAAGUAUACAAAUUUUCGGAGCCCCCCCUUCGGGUGUCUAAAAAUUUUCGGAGCCCCCCCUCAAUAUCUUCAUCCCCCCCCUUGUCAUAUUAAAUGAACUUUCCCUUAAGACUAAAUCUUGUAUUUCCAAAGAUUUUCGAGAAUGAAUUUCAAAAGUCGCCUUUUCAUUUAAUAUUCCGUUAGAUGAUUUACUAUGAUUUAAAUUGUUUCGUCUUUAAUUCCCCCCUGGAAUAAUUCAACACGCGAAACAGAAGUAGAGCCUUCCAGUGUGUAAACCAAGACCUAAAAUUUCUAUUAUUUUGGUGAUCAGGUCUUAAAAUAAUGAAAAAACAAUCUGUGAUCAUGUUAAAGUGCUUGGUGUUUUUUGUUCGUUUCCAAAACACUGAUUUUAUGGAAGCCAAUGCAAAAGUUAAAGUAUAGAGCGAAAAUGAUGUGAACAACUUCCUCUACCAGCUAGCUGACCGAUUUUUUCGCAGUCAAACCCGUCUUUCAAAGAUUAAUUGCCCCACUAUUUGAAUUGUCCGAUGUUAACGAAACCGUCGAAUGGAACCAACCAGGCCUCAGAGCAUAGUCUUAUUGAUCCAGAUAAGGUUAAUUAUAAUUAUGUUUAAUUUUCCAACUGUUCUUUAUUGCAGUCGCCCACACAAGCACCCCGAUGGCACAAAGUCUACAGGUCGCGUUAUCUGGGAACUUUUCCACAAGAAUAUUGGUCGCCUUGGUCUUAUCCUGGCUCUGAUCAACAUCAGCCUUGGCCUUUUACUUGCUGUGACUCCUGUGGGAGUCUGGGCCACUUGGUUUGCUCUGUUAGGGCUCUUUAUUAUUUUGUACGUUGUGAUGGAAAUUCGUCUGUUUAUGAACAAGGGCAAAUCUAACACGGUGACUCUUCCGAUGAAGUGAGGCUUUGAAGGAGAAGCCAAACAGGACUGUUAGAGUGGAUUGACACUGUCGCUUAAGUUUUAGGUGCGUACUCGCGUAAAAAUUAAUGCGCAUAAAUAAAAUAGGGGCAAUGUAUAAAAGGCGACGAGUGAACGAAAGUUGAGCGAGGAUAAACUUUUACGUUUUACGCGCGACUUUCCAUACAUACCCUCUAUUGUAUUUACGCACGUAAAUUUUACGUGAGAAAUCUAGAGGUAAUAACAUUUCUUUUAAUUUCGGAAUGCAAUCACUCGAACGGUUCAAUCAACCGUGAAUUAAAGUAACCAGUCCAGACUAAGGUAUACAUGUAUUUAUGAAGUAGUUCAUAAUGUACAUAUUUUACUAAAAAAAAUUCUUUUUUAAAACUAACAACAAGUUAUAAUAAGUAAAACGUUGACAGAAGCUGUUACAAAGUUUUUUGAAGGAAGAGGCAGUAGAGCCUAACCCAUGUAUAUUUAGUUUUGUUAAAACAUUUCCAAACUGUUGGGGAUAUUAUUCUCUUAAUGGGUAAUGCAGAGGUGAAUAUAUGGCAUUUGUGAUUCAUCUCCAGCACGAUUUUCUGUACUCUGUAAUUCGGUAUACCUGUCUUUUUUGUGUAUUAUUUUUAAUAAAACUCUACCCCUCAUCGAAGUUUAAUACUGCGACUGAAACACUGUUACUGCCCAAGACAAGGACUCCGCGGAUAUAAAGUUAAGAAAAUCCGUUCCAUCAGCAGUAUUUUCAAAGAGUUGACCUUUAAAGAGACUUAAAUACAUCGGCCAACUCUAGAUGCACAGAUUCAAGAAAAAAAAUGCUCAUUCUCUCUUAACAGGUUUUAACUAUGUGUAGGGCAUUUUAGAGCAGGAGAGAAUGGUGUAACUUUGUGUAUUAUAUAUAGCAAAAUGACUUGAGUUCAGCUUUUUUUUUGGUUUUACAAUGACUUUUUUUUGCACGAUUUCAAAAGCUGCAGAGCUUUAAUAUUUAAGUCUUGCUGAAAACAAAAGCUUUCAGUGUCUUUCGAUUUGCUAUCGGAAAAAGACAAUUAUUUAAAGCUGGAUAUCCACUGCAGAUAUUUUCUAAAACAGUUAUUUAGCUCCGUUUCGUUAGUGGUAGUGCUCAGUGAAUAUCCAUCGCCAUUUACCAUUUCUUUGGAUAGAAGUCAUUUACAUACAUACGAACCCGCCAUCUGUUUGCCUUGCGACUAUACUGUAUGUUAAAGGCGACUUAACCGUGAAGUUUUCUGUUAGGAAAGUGUUCUGUGUGCUUCAAUACUCUUUAGGUCCAUUCAAAGUUCAAAAGACGUACAACCGAGAAUAAUAUAACAACGUGAGUUAUUCACUCGUCCUGUACACUUGUAAUGUUAAUAAAGUAAAGGAGCUUAGGUACUAUUACGGCGACGGCUUCAUCGCUGUUAUUGAAUUCCAUUUCGUUCAGUUUGCCAACUGGCGAAUUUUUCAAGAGUUGAAUCAGGUUAAAGGAUUGUAUCUAUUUGAAAUUAGGAAGCUUCUCGUCGUAGUCGCUGCACGACUACGACGAUGUGCAAAUUCGCGUACUGAAAGUUAUUGCUUUUGCCAUUCUAGGGGCCGUCGCCGUCACAGUUGCUUAAUUUUUCUAAGAACUUCCAGUAGCUAGCUGUCAGUACCGCCCGGAUAAUAAGUGACGAUAGGACUGGGGGAAAUCCAACUCAGUCUGUUAAAAAAUUACCCAAGUCCGAUAUGUUUAAUCGAACUUUAUAAUGAUUACAGACAGAAUUGGACGACCCUGCGGGCUGCUACCAACUUUCUGCUGAAAUCAGGGCUGCUGGUAGCCAAUCAUGUUGGAGAAUUUUGUAACAAUUAUGACAAUUAUGACAGAGAUAGACUACUAAUUAUGAUCAUAAACAAAACAAAGUCUGACAU